AUGUCUGACAGACACCUACGAAAGGAAGCCAGAAUCCGUGGCUCAGGACUGAGAAAUGUACAGGUCAACGAGUUCCAAAUCAUCUCCAAGAGGAGAAAGUCCAGCUUGAAAAACCUCCAAUCGGCCCUCAUCAAUAAUGAUGAUCUUGAGAACCUACCCCGGCUACGUGGAAGAGCCUCGCUUUCCAGAGGAAUACCAUUGGCAGAGUCACUGGCCAACAUCAAACCUGCAACUUUGAGGAAAGUCCUAGACUCAGCCGAUUCCAAUGAAGGCUACAUCACACCAGCAAGCCAGAUCAACCACGCCAUCACCAACGACGAAAUAGACUAUCCAGAUAACGAUUCCAGCAACUUGGCGGUUCCAGGGUCUACUGAACCCCCCAAACGAAAGCCAGGACGCCCAAAAAAGCAGAAAUCCAAUAGGGGCCGUCCAAGAAAGAUCAACGAGUCCUCACCCAGAGUCAAGAUACGACCGGACGAGGGCAACAGUGUCCAAUUCACGAAGUCAUUGGUCCUCAAAAGGCUCCGAACAUCCAAGCUCAAGAUGAAGCUUGAAUCACCACCUGGACCCUCCAAACAAGUCUCAACUGAUCCUCAAUCACCACUAAACUCCGUACAUUCUCCAGAUUCAACCCCACAAGAACCAAAUUCCCCGGCUGAAAUUCCACUUCCCACUGCUUCUGAGUCUCCAGCCCCCGAGUCUCCAGCCUCCAAAGUCAGUCGGAUACGGUCCAACGUCCAGAAACGUCAAAGAGCAUUAGCCAAGGAUGUUCCUGUUCGUCAAUCACCCAGACUCCGAUCAAGGGUGCAAGCUCCUCUUACCCCUUCCAAUCCACCAGUGCCGUUGUCCAAGAAGAAGAGAGGAGAAGCUCAAAAGCCACUCGUGGUGGAUAUCGAAAGACUAACCACCUACAAAGAUCGUGAUAAACGAACAAAGGUCCACACCUUGGAUGUGUUGAAGCACUUGGUACAGGAAUUUACACCCAGCAACAAACCAGCUACUGGAAAGGAGCUCAUUUUACAGGACACAUUCAAAUUACAUGUUAACCAUCAUUUGGAUAGGUUGAUGGAUGCACAUGCAAGCAUCAAUGAGAUAUCCCAGAAGAUAGCCAGUUGUCAGCGGUUGAAAAACGAGGUCAGAAAUAGCAUAUACGAGUUGAAGAAGAAACACAAUGAAGUGGGAAACGACUUGAAUAAAGUCAGACAGGAGUACAAUAAUAAGAAGAGGAAAUUUGAAGAGAAUAAAACUAUCAAUGCACAGCUUGAAGUGUUGAAAACGUUUGACACCUCCUCAGAGCCAAGAUUGAGCGAAUCCGUGCACAACGAUUUGAGGGAGUUGAGGAGGGUGGUAAACCCUGUCUCGGGGAUUUACGACAAGCUAAUGGUUGUGAAUGAGAAACUACAGUGUGUGGACAAUAUGGUACCAAAUCUGUCUCGCUGA